ACCCUUUAUAAAAGCUUAAACCCUGCAUUUCCAUAUGUUUUUUUUUAAUCUAUUUAAUGAAGUCAGAUCUUUGUAGACAUGCUUGUAACAAGUGAGUUCAUGCUUAAACUAAGUUGAAGGUUUCAACUUCAAGAUUUGUAUGUUAAUGGGAACUCAAGAACUCAGCUUGAACAUUCAUCAAGAAUCCUGCUUAGUUCAAGUUUUUUUUUUUUGUGGGAUAUAAUGAGCUACAAUACCUCUGCUGUAGGUUCUGGCAGCAGGAAUACUACAAGAACAUUUGAAUUUGGAAGAACCCAUGUGGUGAGGCCUAAAGGAAAGCACCAGGCCACUAUAGUUUGGCUGCACGGUCUUGGUGAUAAGGGCUCAAGCUGGUCCCAGCUCUUGGAAACUCUUCCUCUUCCUAAUAUUAAAUGGAUAUGCCCAACUGCUCCAACCAGGCCAGUAGCAAUAUUUGGUGGAUUUCCAUGCACUGCUUGGUUUGAUGUGGGGGAUAUUUCAGAAGACGCCCCUGAUGAUUUGGAGGGGCUAGAAGCUUCAGCAACACAUGUUGCGAAUCUUUUAUCGACCGAGCCUGCUGAUAUCAAACUUGGUGUAGGUGGCUUCAGUAUGGGUGCUGCAACUGCCCUCUACUCUGCCACAUGCCAUGUUUUAGGGCAAUAUGGGAAUGGAAACCUGUACCCCAUCAACUUAACUGCAGUUGUUGGUCUAAGUGGCUGGCUUCCUUGUUCAAGGACCUUGAGGAGCCGGAUAGAAAGAUCAGACGAAGCUGCAAGACGUGCAGCAUCUUUGCCUAUCCUGCUCUGUCAUGGCUCAGGUGAUGAUGUGGUUGCACAUAAACAUGGAGAGAAAUCAGCGCAGGCAUUAAGUUCAGCUGGAUUCCGAAAUCUUACGUUUAGAAGCUAUAAUGGGCUUGGUCAUUACACAAUCCCUGAAGAGAUGGAUGAAGUAUGUAACUGGCUAACCACUAGGUUAGGGCUCGACGGAUCAUGGUCUUGAUGGCGAAAGAGCUGUCAAGGAACAAGGGUACGUGGGGUUACAGAAGAAUGUAUAAUGGAUAGCAAAGGCAUUCCAGAAUAUAUGCAUGGUGUGGGGGUAUAUGGUAUAGCUCAUGGUUCAAUUCAUUAUUCCUCGAUGUCAUUUUUCUUAAUUAAUCUCUUUUCUGUCUGUUGAUUUUCUUUUUUUUUUGUUUGGGUUUAUUAUCAUAUUGUGAUGCUAGCAAGGGUUUGGUGUUAGUAUUUUGGUUUUUUUCUUUUUUCCCUCUAGAGAGUUGGAAAGGGAUACAGACAUGGAUGUUCUCUUGCUCUGAAUCCAGGAAAUUUUAUGAGUCUUUUGACUUGGAAUAAUGUAUCUGUGAGGUUACCAGCAUUAGUUGUAUUUCAUGGUACAUAAUAAGAGCUCGAUAUGGGAUGGCUUCUCAUUGUUUUCA